UGGGAGUUGUGGUUCUGCAGCAUUCUGCACAUUCGUCGAGUGGGUCGCAAUGCGCCGUCGCAGCUGUGGCAAUGGGAAGUGAGGAGGGCGGUGUCAGUGUCAGGAGGUCUCGACAGAGCGCCUUGUUGCGGCGGCAAGUGGCCGAGAGCGCCAUCGCCUCCCAUGGUGGAUCGAAACGCCAUAUGAUGGCCCUUCUGAGCUCGCGUCCAGCCGGUUUGCUCUCGGCAAAAGCCGCCACGGAGCAGGCAAAGACAGAGAGGCAAGUUCUGCCCCAGGCAAGUCACAGGCCGUCUGGAGCGUUGUCUGCUCGCGGUCGGGAGGUGAUUCACGGCAGAGAUCCAACAGAUCCAACGACAGAAAAGGUUGAUUCUGCGAUGUUGACUGUGCCAACAAGGCAAAACAUAAUCUCCAAUUCGAAGGAAACGAGGAACAAAGGCCCCGUUGAGCAAUCGAUCCUGCCUCGCGGAAGCAUGCUGCACCGUGGAACAGUCCUUCCUCGUGGAAGCAUUGCUGUAGCAAUGAAGGAGCGCCCGCGACCUGAUCAUCCAGGAACAACCGACCAGUUGGAUGGGCAGGGCGGUCGGAGGUCUCUAAUGACAAAGAACCGCAUGACUUUUGUGGCAUUCAGGCAAAAUAAAGAUGCUCCGCCAGACGUGAUGCCUUUAGCCCCAGAAUUGAAAAUCAAGGAGCCAGAAGAAGAGCGUGUCAAGAGAAUCAUCAAGAGGUUUGCCUUUAGUAGUGAAGAGGAAGUGAGAAGAGUGAUGGGAUACUACAAGACAGCCCUGGAGAGAUAUCGUGAUCCGGAGGAUGCUGAGGAUGAUGAGGCUGAGCUCCUACCGGUUCAAGGUCUGAAGAACUGGCUUUGUCAGUUCAGUGGCAUUGAUGAGAAUCAGCCACUUGGCCACCUUCUGGAUCCAGAGUGGUCCAAGGAGACCUGUCUCUCUGAAGAUGAUUUUUUGGAAUGGUAUAAUAGCCAUCAAUGGAGUGAAGAAAUCAUGGUUCCAGAUCCGCUGGAGCGGCGGGUCAGGCAUUUCUGCAAGACGGAAGGCUAUCACAUUAGUGAUGUGGAGCGGGUGAAAGCUGCGUUCGAAAAAGCUGAUAAAGAUUCGAGUGGCGUCUUGGACCAGCAAGAGUUUGCUGCAUGCUAUGCGGGCCUUGUCGGUGUUGACCCUUUGGAGGUGGUUGAGUCAAGGUUCCGCAUCUUAUGGGAAGAGGUGGACGAAGACCACAAUGGCGCAAUUGACUUGCUGGAGUUCGCCAAGUGGUAUUUGCGGGUGAAUCCACCUAAAAGAGGCAAGUGAUUCUAAAGGCCAGAGGUGGCCGGAGCCUGUAGCGCUGCGCAGUAGACAGCACAGACCUUGGCUGGGAGGGCACCUGACUUACU